AUGUUCGGUCAUACUAAGAAACAAGACCCAGACGGUCCACCUCCUUACGCCGGCGACCUUAAACCCACCGCUGGUCCUUCGACAAUGUUGGGAACCGUCUACGCUUGUGUACAUUUAGCUCGGACGGACCGAGUCAGGAUAUUAGGAUUCCCUCAAUCUGUCAGAAGUCCUCUAGGAGUGACUAUUAAGAAUGCUUGGCCUGUUGGGAUUCAAAAGGAGGAAGUUAUGGGGAAUGGGUAUGAAUGGAAGUUAGUUGGGAAUCCUUGGUCCGGUCAAGGAAGAGAAGCAGUACCAAGUAGAAGACUCAUAACUCAUAUCUUAACAACAUUAGCUAAUAUCGGUUAUCAUCUCAUCAUUGCAGCUGAUUUAUCUAAAAAAAUGUAUGAUAAAGAUACUUUAUUCUUCCGUUCUGGACCUUCGAUACAAAGGAGGUUUUUCGCAAUGAGUUUUAAUGAAUCGGAUAAGAUUAGGUUGAUAGAUUCUCCUGAUAGGGAAACGUUGGAUGCUUUUAUUGGGGUUGUACAGUCAUAUUGGCCUUUAGGUAUCCAAGAUUCAAAAGAAAAAGAAGAAUCAUGUUGGCAAAUCAAAUUACGUGGAACACCAUGGUGGACUUCCAAUGGAAAUCAAGUUGACGCAGUUCGUCUAUUAGCUUGUUCUUUAUUAGCAAUGUUCGAUUCUAGAGGUUAUGAAGUUGUAGCUAGUGUAGAUUUAUCCGUUGGGAAUUCUGAAGGUAGUUCGGAGAUGAACGUCGCAAUCUGUACAUUGAAAUGA